AAAAGGAUUUAAAAUUGUGACCUAAAAUCGGAAGUCAAAUUCAUACCCAAACUCAGCGCAACUGAACGUUUGAUCGGCCGACUAAAUUCCCGAUUGCUAUAGGUUGAAGAUAGGGAGAGGGAGAUGGUGCUUUCGCAGAAAAUUCACGAUGCGUUCAAGGGGACGGUGGAGCGAAUGACCAGCCCGCGGACCGUCUCCGCAUUCAAAGAGAAAGGUGUACUCAGCAUCAACGAAUUCAUUCUCGCCGGCGAUAAUCUCGUCUCCAAGUGCCCCACCUGGUCUUGGGAAUCAGGGGAUCCGGGCAAAAGGAAGUCAUAUUUGCCCCAAGACAAGCAAUUCUUGAUAACUAGAAAUGUCCCUUGUCUUCGCAGAGCUGCUUCAAUUGGAGAAGAAUAUGAAGCUGCGGGGGGUGAGGUUUUAGUUGACAAUGAGGAUAAUGAUGGUUGGCUGGCAACUCAUGGAAAACCUAAAGAAAAAACGGAUGACAAUGAUAAUGUGCCCUCCAUGGAGACUCUAGAAAUCUCCAAGAAGAACACUUCUAUCCAGUCAAUCCCAUCUUACUUUGUAGGGGAGGAAGAUGAUAUUCCAGACAUGGAAGAAUUUGAUGAGGCGGACAACGUUGUUGAAAAUGAUCCUGCAACACUGCAGACCACAUAUCUUGUGGCUCAUGAGCCUGAUGAUGACAACAUCCUACGAACCAGAACAUAUGAUGUCAGCAUCACGUAUGACAAAUAUUACCAAACGCCUCGUGUUUGGCUCACUGGAUAUGACGAGUCAAGGAUGCUUUUGCAACCAGAACUUGUUCUUGAAGAUGUUAGUCAAGACCAUGCACGUAAAACGGUAACCAUUGAAGACCAUCCACACUUGCCUGGUAAGCAUGCAUCAGUACAUCCAUGCCGCCAUGGGGCUGUAAUGAAAAAAAUUAUUGAUGUUUUAAUGUCACGUGGAGUAGAGCCUGAAGUUGACAAGUACCUUUUCUUAUUCUUGAAAUUUAUGGCUUCCCUGAUUCCUACCAUAGAGUACGAUUACACCAUAGACUUUGAUCUUGGUAGCUCCAGCUCCUAAUUCUAAGAUUGAUGGAGUCAAUAUUCUGAAGCACCGAAGCUCGUAUUCGUGCAGUGUUCUAUCUGCUUACUACUGAAUUAUCAUCCAUGUAAAUAGAUGUCGAUUAGCUCUACGUUGAUUUAAGUUGGUAUGCACGUGCUUGUAAUUAUGUCAAGAUAUGGCAAAAUAAAAAACCCAAAAAAAAUUUAGACAAGAAUCAAGAUUAAAAAUUAUAUUUGAUGUUUGGUGAUUGAAGUGUA